AGCACUCCAACUUUGUUUUGAAAAGAGCAAAAAUCAGCGGUGUAUGCUCCGUUCUUGGUAAAGCGGUGCCUUGACUUUUUCCUGACAUUUUACUCCAAUUAUUGGUUCAAUUGGCUGAAUUGUAUUUAGGCCAAGAUGGAAGAGGCUCAGAAAAGUGAGGAUGAACUGUUAGGUUUAGGUACCUUAGAAUCGGAUGUUCUUCAGAUCGCAGGAGGAGAGAUCAAGGGAGUUGAACUUGUGGCAACAGAUGAAAACUUGGAAGACAUUGAAGCGGAGCUUUUGCUGCUGUCUUCCCCAGCGCCUGGUCAAGAGAAACCUAAGCCUGGCACGAGUCUGAAAUCGGCAUUGGAAGUGAUAGAUGAUGAUGAACUUGAAAUUUUAGAUGAUAGUGGAAGUGAUGUGAUGGAAACGGAUGAUCUGAGUGAGGAUUCUAAUGGAUUCAUAGAUGGGAAAAUAAGCAUUUUUUGUUGUCAAGGAUGCCUCUUUGUUUGGAAUGCUGAAGAUGCUCAAAUGCUUCGGGAGGAGUGCAGGGUUGUGGGAAAAUUAUCUGGAUGCCUUCCUCGGGCCCCACGCCAAAACAAUCACUUGGGUCUGCCACUGCAACUAAUGCCGGAGGAAGCCAGACUUUUAGUGGACAUUGCAACAAUUGUACAAAGAGUGCCGCAAAGAAGAAGUCCAGCAUAGGAUGAGUGAUAUCAUUGCUGGGAAGAAAGCGAAAAAACGCAAAUUACAAAAGGAGGCCAGUGAAAAGGAAUCGGCUGGUGCAGGAGCUGAGGAGGAAGGCAGUGAGAGAACACAUCCGGGGCAGAGCAACGAGAGAACACAGGCUGGAGGGAGUGACAAUGUCGAGGAGAACACAGAGGAAGACAAUCUGACAGCUGAUGACAUUGUGAAUUCAGAGACAUCCAUUAAACACAGUCUGGUGCAGAUAUUUACGGAGAAUCCAUGGAAGAGAAGUCUUCAGCCAGCAUCGAGUUGGAAUUUUCCCACAACAGACAAAGACAUUCUGCGCUAUGCGGUGUUCAAAGACUUGUGGAAAAAGGGCUACUAUCUCACAUCAGGAGCUAAAUUUGGAGGGGAUUUCUUAGUUUAUCCUGGUGACCCGGCCCGAUUCCACUCUCACUACAUCGCUGUUUGCAUGGAGCAGCAUCAGGAAAUACCAGUGCUGGAUGUCAUAUCGAUGGGACGACUUGCUUCUAACGUUCGGAAAACCACGAUCUUAUGUUCCAUCACCAGAAGGAAUAAAGUUGUGUACACAUCAUUGCAGUGGACUGGUAUAAGCUAAAUCACAUUGUCUGCUUCAUGAUGUAGUAAAGAGUGAAUGUUUCCUUGUCAUUUAAAGAACAUUUCUUUUUUACUUUUACUAUAUUCAUGUACUUGCUUACAUGUAUAUAUGCAUGUAUGUAUGUAUGUAUGUGGGAAUAAAUGCUGGUGUGCGUGCAAGAAUGUAUAUAUAUAUAUAUAUAUAUGCAGUGAAGUCUGCUUAAACUGAAAUUUGUGUGGCUGCUAGACUUUCCUCGGUUGAACCUGUUUUUUUCAUGCUUUGAACUGUGUGUGUGUGUGUUUUUUGUUUAGAAUGAUUACUUAUACAGGAGAGAG